AUGGUGAUUCUGAACCGCGAGCCGAACAACCCGUAUGAUGGCAACGCGAUCCAGGUGCAGAACGUGCGGCGCGAGCAGAUCGGGCAUAUCCCCCGACAGGUGGCGGCGAAGCUGGCCAAGUAUAUGGAUAGUCGAGAUCUGGUUGUCGAAGGGUUCAUUGCUGGCGAGAAGGAGUACUACGAUUGUCCGAUCUCGCUCAAGCUGUAUGGGACGAGUGAGCUGGUGGGGCGCAUGGAGCUUGCGAACAAAAUGAAGAGCGAUAAGCUGCCCCUGGAAGAGCUGAAGGCGAGAGAGAAGGCGGAGAAGGCGAGGAUAAAGGAAGCUGCGCUCGCGGCGAAGAGAGCCAAAAAGGGCGUUGCUAGUGUUGGGGCUGGCCAGAGGCCUGUGGCUGAGAAUGAGAAUCCCCAAUGGGCUGCUGGGUUAUCUCAGGGAGAUGGCAUGGGUCCGACUAUGGACGAUCUCAUUUCCGGCAGCGAACGCUUCAACCCUAGGAAUGUGGAGCAGAUGGUCGAACAGUUCGGAACUAAGGAAGAGGAUUUGGCCAACAUGCCGAUGGCCGAACAGCCGGAAGCUCUGGCUGCAAAGUUACUACCAUUCCAGCUACAAGGUUUAAAAUGGAUGCUUGUUCAAGAAAGUCCUCGACUGCCUCCCGUAGGCUCGAAAGAAGCGGUGCAGCUCUGGACACGUUCUGUCAAGGAGGUCAACACCUUCAUUAACCUUGCAACGAGCUUCACGCAGAAGAAUGAACCUGAGCUUGCGAGUGGUGGUAUACUUGCCGAUGACAUGGGGCUGGGAAAGACGGUGCAGGUCAUAUCACUUAUGAUGGCCGACAGAGCUCUCAAGAAGGAACGCAGUCCCGGUGUAAGCGGUGCUACUCUGAUUCUGGCGCCCUUGAGCGUCAUGAGCAACUGGAGCAGUCAGAUCAAGCGCCAUAUUCAAGAGAACUCCGCACUACGCGUCAUGAUCUAUCACGGGACGCGGAAACAACCGGUUAAUCCUCAGGAGAUCGACAAGUACGAUGUUGUGAUCGCGACUUACGAGACGGUUUCGUCAGAGUACUGGUCGAAGAAUCCAGACGGUAAGAAAGAGGUGAAUCAUGGACUGUUCUCAGUCAAGUGGCGCCGGGUAGUCUUAGACAAAGGCCAUAACAUUCGAAACCCGACUGCGAAGAGAUCAGUCGCAGCGAUGCAUCUUGAAGCUCAAUCCCGAUGGGCUCUCACCGGCACACCUAUCGUCAACACGCUGAAAGAUCUGUACUCACUUGUCAAGUUCCUCCGUCUCACCGGCGGCAUCGAGCGCUUCGAAGUCUUCCACGGUGCCAUCACUCGCCCAGUCAAUCAAGGCGAUGAGCGCGGUAACUGGCUCCUGCAGCUCCUGAUGAGAAGCAUCUGCCUCCGCCGCAAGAAGGAAAUGUCCUUCAUCGACCUGCGCCUUCCCGAACUCUCCGAAUACGUCCACCGCAUCAACUUCCUUCCCCAUGAGAAAGAGAAGUACGACGCCCUCGAAGCAGAAGCGAAAGGCACGCUCGAUACCUACCGCGCCGAGCAAGGCUCCUCAGGCGCCAACGCCGCGAAAGCUUACCGCCACCUCCUCGAGAUCCUCUUGCGGCUGCGACAAAUGUGCAACCACUGGAAACUCUGCGGAGAGGAGCGUUUCACGGCCCUGACAGCCCUACUCGAGAAACAAAAGACCGUAGAUCUUACUCCUGAGAACAAGGCCUCGCUACAGCAGCUGCUCCAGCUCAGCAUCGAGUCCCAAGACGACUGCCCCGUAUGCCUAGAUAACCUAAAAGAUCCCGUAAUCACAUGCUGCGCGCACGUCUUCUGCCACGCCUGCAUCGAGCAGGUCAUAGAACACCAGCAUAAGUGCCCGCUCUGCAGAGCCGAAAUCGAGAGCACCGCUGCGCUCGUGCGGCCCGCGAAGGAGAUUCCCGACAGCGCCGCCAGCGCUCCCGUGGACGCCAAAGACGGCGACGGAGACGGAGACGAAGGCACCAGCAGCAAGAUCCACGCCCUCCUCUCCAUCCUGCGCGCGUCGCGGAAACAGAACAAAGGUAACAAGACUGUAGUGUUCAGCCAGUGGACCUCGUUCCUGGAUAUCAUUCAGCAGCACUUGGAUGACGAGGGGGUCGGCUACACGCGCAUCGAUGGCACCAUGCCGGCGGCGCGGAGGGACGAGGCUAUGGAGCGGCUGGAGCAAGACCCGGGGUGUGAGAUUUUGCUUGCGAGUUUGGGAGUUUGUAGUGUGGCGCUUAAUCUUGUGGCGGCGAAUCAGGUCGUAUUGAUGGAUAGUUGGUGGGCCCCGGCAAUCGAAGACCAAGCUAUCGACCGCGUCCACCGCCUCGGUCAAACAAAACCGACGACGGUCUUUCGCCUCGUCAUGGAAGGCAGCAUCGAGGAGACAGUCCUGCGCAUCCAGCAGGACAAGCGCAAGCUCAUGAUGUUGGCGUUUGCGGAGAAGGAUGGCGCCGCUGAAGGGGGCGCCGCUGGGAGAAGGGGCCGUGGAAACGCGAGGGGCGCGCGGUUGGCCGAUAUUGAGAGGUUGUUGGGAGGUGCGGGGAGUGAGGGUGAGCGAUGA